AUGACUUCCUUCUCACCGUUUCUCAUCACAGCUUACACGUCUCUCCUCACCACAAGCCUUCAGAAAGCCCAAGAUCUCUCCUCUUUUCUCUGUGCGCAGAAGCUGCAUGGCCGCAGCCGUGUUGACGCCACCAUCACAAAGAUCGACAAGGUGACCGCUCAGCAGGCGAAUGUUGGCACAGAUGUCCCAGCCUCAAAGUAUGAAGAUCUGCAAAAGCAACGCUUGAGCCUUGGUCAGAGUGUGGCGGGUAUGGCUAUGAUGGAUGCAGCGUUCGAUAACUACAUCUUCGACGUCACAUUACUGAGCAAGAAGAUUGAAGACGCAAAGGGACAGCUGGAGGCCUUCGAUACUCCCUCUGCAAAGAAGAGAAAGAGAACCAACGGCACGACUGUGAACUUGGGCGGUGUUGGAAAGCCUUCGAGGGCUAGCGACAAGGGUAGCAGCGAGAAGUGGUGUGCGCUCAUGGAGACCGUGCAGCAAGUAGUUGCGGAAACGGGAAGUCUGGCAAGUGCCAUUGAGGGGACGGUGAGAGUAGAAGAUGAUGAUGACAACCUGGGGCGGACAAGCGGAGCAGAGGAGGAAGAGGUGGAUGAUGGGACGAGUACCAGCAGUGACGGUGAGACUGUUGAGCUGAAGCGAAAAGCGUCAGAAGAGCUCACGGCGCCAGAAGAUAUCGCGGCGGAGCAGCACGAGUACGAAGCAAAGCUGAGGGACGCAUGGCUGAACAACCCCACCUGGAAACUCACCAAGUCAAUCCACGACUUCACAUGGGGAGAGGAACCAGCUGAGAAAGCGUACGAGGAAGUGGCCGCUUUUCUCAAUCGUAUUUUCCGUGACCUAAGCCAGCUACAAGUGACAGUCGACAUGCUGAAGGCAGCGAAAAGAAAAAGCUUGCUGUAUAUAGGGCUUUUUCCGUUCUGGGAUAUGGCGGCUCUAUCUGGGUGGCGAUCCCAGCUUCUCAUUGAGCCUUUUCUACUCUGGAAGAUCUUAAGCGAAAAGCAGCCGCCGACAGACGCUUAUUACAUACUAAUUCUAGAAGAAGUACGAGCAUCGGCGAAGAAGGUCUUGGCCACAAAAUCCGGCGUGCGUACAACGAACCGUGUGGAAACGAACGCCCAGGUGGGCGCGACAGAUGACAGCGGCGUAACCGGCUCGACGAAUACGCUAGGCUCCGGGUCCGCAAAUAUGAAGGCCAAGGACGCGCGUGCCAUGCGAGACGAUGUAUUGCUCGCUGCAGAGGACCUCAUUCAAAAGAGUACCGGCUUGCCGCCAGAGCUCGCCACAGUAUUCCGAAAUCUGGGGGAGGCCUUCCGAAAAUACACCGAGAGCCUCGAAUGA